GUCAAUUUCCCGAUUGUUCCUCUCCUUCCACUAGUGAUAGAUCGUCGUUUGGUAUAGUAAAAUCGGAGAAUCAAUCCGAUACCGAGAUCCUGAACCCUAAAACCACUCCGACGAAACCUCCACGGUUCUAGAUUUCUAGAUUAUCGACUCUUCUUUCUAGGGUUUCCGAAUUGGUUUCCACUCACUCUUCAUCUAAAUCCCUAACUUCUGUGAAGCUUUUCUCCUUAAUAAUGGCGUUGAAGUCAUUGAAUAACAUCUGGAUUCGUCGUCAACAAUGUCCUUGUGGUGAUUGGAAAUGCUAUAUCAAACUCGAAGGAGAUGAAUCAACCUGUCAAGUAACUAAAAGCGAGAUCGAAUCAACAACAACAACAACAACAUCACUGUAUGAUACUGUGUUUAUGCCUUAUGUUGGUCAAAUCUUUAGAACUGACGACGAAGCGUUUGAGUAUUACAGUACAUUCGCUAGGAAGAGUGGUUUUUCGAUUCGGAAAGCGCGGUCUACGGAGAGUCAGAAUUUAGGUGUUUAUAGGCGAGAUUUCGUUUGUUAUCGUUCUGGUUUUAAUCAGCCUAGGAAGAAAGCUAAUGUAGAGCAUCCACGGGAGCGUAAGUCUGUUAGAUGUGGUUGUGAUGCUAAGUUGUAUUUGACUAAAGAAGUUGUUGAUGGUGUGAGUCAUUGGUAUGUUUCACAGUUUAGUAAUGUUCAUAACCAUGAGCUUUUGGAAGAUGAUCAAGUUAGGUUGCUUCCAGCUUAUAGGAAGAUUCAGCAAGGUGAUCAGGAUAGGAUUCUUUUGUUGUCGAAAGCGGGGUUUCCUGUGAAUCGGAUUGUUAAGUUGUUGGAGUUAGAGAAAGGUGUUCAGGCUGGGCAGUUGCCGUUUAUAGAGAAAGAUGUUAGGAACUUUGUUAGGGCGUGUAAGAAGAGUGUUCAAGAGAAUGAUGCUUUUCUUAGUGAGAAACGAGAGAGUGAUACGUUGGAGCUUCUUGAGUCUUGCAAGGGUUUGGCUGAGAGAGAUAUGGAUUUUGCUUAUGAUUGUACGUCUGAUGAGAAUCAGAAAGUUGAAAACCUUGCGUGGGCUUAUGGAGAUUCUGUUCAGGCUUACUCUUUGUUUGGGGAUGUGGUUGUUUUCGACACUACUUAUCGGUCAAUCCCUUAUGGUUUGCUACUUGGGGUGUUUUUUGGGAUAGACAACAAUGGCAAGGCGAUGCUUUUGGGAUGUGUUUUGCUUCAAGAUGAGAGCUGUCGUUCUUUUACAUGGGCUUUACAGACUUUUGUUCGUUUCAUGAGGGGACGGCAUCCUCAGACAAUUUUGACGGAUAUAGAUACAGGACUUAAAGAAGCUAUUGCGAGGGAAAUGCCAAAUACAAACCAUGUGGUAUUUAUGUGGCACAUUGUCUCCAAAUUAGCUAGCUGGUUUUCUCAGGCACUUGGGUCGCACUAUGAUGAAUUUAGAGCUGGGUUUGAUAUGUUAUGCCGGGCAGGGAAUAUAGAUGAAUUUGAACAGCAGUGGAAUCUCCUUGUCACUCGGUUUGGUCUUGUUCCAGACAGGCAUGCGGCUUUGCUUUAUUCGUGCCGAGCAUCCUGGUCACCUUGUUACAUCAGAGAACAUUUUGUAGCUCAAACUAUGACCCCGGAGUUUAAUCUAUCUAUAGAUUCUUUCUUGAAAAGAAUUGUUACUGGACCAACAUGCAUGCAACUAUUACUUGAAGAGGUCAGUGCUGCUGCAAGUCUAGCCAAGCAAAUCCCGCCACGGUUCACUUAUCCGAGCUUGAAAACAUGUAUGCCUAUGGAAGAUCAUGCAAGGGGGGUUUUGACGCCUUAUGCCUUUAGCGUAUUACAGAACGAAAUGGUUUUGUCUGUGCAGUAUGCUGUGGCUGAGAUGGCCAAUGGUCCAUACAUCGUACAUCACUUUAAGAAAAUGGAAGGUGAAUGUUGUGUGAUCUGGAACCCGGAAAACGAGGAGAUCCAAUGUUCAUGCAAGGAAUUUGAGCAUUCCGGAAUCUUGUGCAGGCACACUCUUCGGGUACUGACUGUGAAGAACUGCUUCCAUAUACCUGACCAGUACUUUCUAUUACGAUGGAGACAGGAAAGUCCUCAUGUUGCUGUAGAGAAUCAAAAUGGCCAGGGCAUUGACGAUGACUGUGCUCAAACAUUUCAUUCGCUCACAGAAACUCUCCUCACAGAGUCUAUGAUCUCAAAGGAUCGAGUUGAUUACGCUAACCAAGAACUUACUCUACUUAUCGAUCGUGUGAGAAAUAUAGCACCAUCUAAUUGCUUGUAUCAGCCAUGACUGCUAAUCCAGCAAGUGAAGUGUUUCAAGGAGGGUAGAUAUAUCUUUUCUGUCUUUUGUUUUCUAUUUCGUUUCCAUGACCAAACUUUAUUUCUCCACCUUUUGGUUGGCAGGCCAAAUUUGCAGUGUUUGGUCCAUCCCAGUAACAUAGACUGCGCCUGCCCUGUUUCGCCAGUAAAGAGUUGAGGUCAGGAAAAUUGCAAUGUCACUAUCUGCAGCCUGUAAAACAAUGUUCUUUCGAGACUAGUUAUAAAGCUUUGAUUUUAUG